CGGCUCUGUCAUGUGAUCAGCUGUGUCCAAUCACAGCUGAUCGCAUGUAAAUAAGGAAAUGCCGGUUAUCAGUAUUUCUCUGCUCACAUGCUGUCACGCUGACAGCUUGGGACAUCUACAUUGAUCAUCAGGGCACUGAUGAUCAGUGUAGCCCCAUCAGUGCCACUUGUCAGUGUCCAUCAAUGCCAGCUGUCAGUGCUCAUCAAUGCCACCUGCCAGUGCCCAUCAGUGCCACAUAUCAGUGCCAUCUGAGCUGCCUUUCAGUGCCACCUAUCAGUGCCAGUCAGUGCCACCUAUCAAUGCCAGUCAGUGCCACCUAUCAGUGCUGUCAAUCAGUGCCAGUCAGUGCCGCCUAUCAG